AUGGAAGAGGAGCUGAAGUGCCCAGUGUGCGGCUCGCUGUUCCGGGAGCCCAUCAUCCUGCCCUGCUCCCACAACGUCUGCCUGCCCUGCGCCCGCACCAUCGCCGUGCAGACGCCCGAGCGCGAGAAGCCGGAGGCUGAGUGCGCCGCGGGGGGCGGCGGCGGGGAGCACGCGGACAAGCUGAGCCUGCACAGCGAGAGCGACAGCGGCUACGGCUCCUACACCCCCAGCCUCAAGUCCCCCAACGGGGUGCGGGUGCUGCCGCUGGGGCCGGCCCCGUCCGGCUCCUCCUCGGCGGCUCUUCCCCGCGGGGCGGGCCCCAGCUCGUCGCUCACCUGCCCGCAAUGCCACCGCAGCGCCUCCCUGGACCCGCGCGGCCUCCGCGGCUUCCCGCGCAACCGGCUGCUGGAGGCCAUCGUGCAGCGCUACCAGCAGGGCCAGGCCGCCGCCAAGUGCCAGCUCUGCGACCGCAGCCCGCCCGAGGCCGCCACCGUGGCGUGCGAGCAGUGCGAGGUGCUGUACUGCGCCGCCUGCCAGCUCAAGUGCCACCCGACCCGAGGGCCCUUCGCCAAGCACCGCCUGCUGCCCCCGCCCAGCCUCCCGGGCGGGCCCGGCAAGGCGGCGGGGGGUGCCCGCAAGUUGCCCACCUGCGCUGAUCACGAGCUGGAGAACUACAGCAUGUACUGCGUGAGCUGCGCCACCCCAGUCUGCUACCAGUGCCUGGAGGAGGGCAAGCACGGCCAGCACCAGGUGAAAGCUCUGGGAGCUAUGUGGAAACAGCACAAGACACAGUUGUCUCAGGCUUUAAAUGGUGUUUCAGAUAAAGCAAAGGAAGCUAAAGAAUUUUUGGUUCAGCUGAAAAAUAUAUUACAGCAGAUACAGGAGAAUGGGUUGGAUUAUGAAGCUUGUCUGGUUGCUCAGUGUGAUGCCCUGGUUGAUGCAUUAACUCGUCAAAAGGCAAAACUGCUCACAAAAGUUACCAAAGAGCGUGAGCACAAAUUGCAGGUUGUUUGGGACCAAAUAAAUCACUGUACUCUGAAGCUACGUCAGUCAACGGGACUUAUGGAAUACUGUCUGGAAGUAAUCAAAGAAAAUGAUCCCUCUGGUUUUUUACAGAUUUCAGAUGCUUUAAUCAAACGUGUUCAGGUGUCUCAGGAACAGUGGGUCAAAGGAGCCUUGGAACCAAAAGUAUCAGCUGAAUUUGAUCUGACUCUGGAUAGUGAACCUUUACUACAGUCAAUUCACCAGCUGGAUUUUAUUCAGAUGAAAUUUCCCAUUACAGUGCCACCAGUCCCAUUACUGCAGCUGGAGAAGUGUUGUACCCGAAACAACAGUGUGACACUGGCCUGGAGGAUGCCACCCUUUACCCAUAAUCCAGUGGAAGGGUAUAUCUUGGAACUUGAUGAUGGAGAUGGCGGCCAAUUCCGAGAAGUGUAUGUUGGCAAGGAGACCCUAUGCACAAUUGAUGGCCUUCAUUUCAACAGUACCUAUAAUGCAAGAGUCAAAGCUUUUAAUUCAUCAGGAGUUGGCCCUUAUAGCAAGACAGUUGUUUUACAGACAUCUGACGUGGCCUGGUUCACCUUCGACCCCUCUUCGGCCCAUCGGGACAUAGUCCUAUCGAAUGACAACCAGACUGCCACUUGUAGUAGUUAUGAUGAUCGUGUUGUUCUGGGCACAGCGGCCUUCUCCAAGGGAGUACAUUACUGGGAACUGCAUGUGGAUCGUUAUGAUAAUCAUCCAGAUCCGGCUUUUGGAAUUGCCAGAAUUAAUGUGGUCAAGGACAUGAUGCUAGGAAAGGACGACAAGGCGUGGGCCAUGUAUGUUGACAACAACCGCAGCUGGUUCAUGCAUUGCAAUUCUCAUACAAGUCGGACAGAAGGGGGUGUUUCUAAAGGUGCCACUGUGGGCGUUCUCCUGGACCUAAACAAGCACAGCCUUACCUUUUACAUAAAUGGACAGCAGCAAGGACCUUCAGCAUUUGAAAAUGUGGAGGGUGUCUUCAUGCCUGCAUUAAGCCUCAACCGAAAUGUACAGGUGACUCUGCACACAGGACUGGAGGUGCCACAGAGUUGUGACUGCAGUGGCUUUUGGUCUCACAAAUGGGAGAACUCAUUUCAGUUACCAGCAACAAUCAUCUUCUGAAAAGGAAGCAGAGGAGAGUUCAGUGAAGUGAUUACAGAUGUUUCUUUAAAAAUGGUAUACACAAAAUAGACUGUGUUGGGAAGAGGAGUGAUACUUUUAUAGCCUUGAUCCUGACAGAUGCUGAGCACCUGCAGUGCCCAUAGACUUCCCUGCGAGCUGUGGAUAGCCAACAUUGGGAGCAAAGGUCUUAAUUUUCUACUCAGCUGGGAUGAACUAAUUAAGGCCCUGAUCCAGCAAAGCACUUAAGCAUGUGCUCAAAUGCUUUGCUGAACUGGGACCUAACAGUCUUGUAGGUUUUGACUUUAUCCUGCAACUCAGGAAUUUUGUGGUCAUCUGAAACAUAUGAAAAUGAGAAGCCUUGUCAAAUGGCAUCCACAAAAGUAAGUGACUGAUUGGCCACUGAUGGUUUCAAUCCGUGGCAAUACUAGAUAGCACCUUUGCCAGCAUGCAAUCAGCAGUAAAUAUUUUGAUUCUCAAUUUCUUUCUCUCUCUUAACAAAAUAAUGUGUGCAUGUGCGUAUUUUGCUGAGGGAAGAGUGGUUAACUGAGCUAAUCUAUAGUAGCAAGUCCUAACAGAUUGCAUCAUGACACUGCACCUAGAACUCUGCCCUCAUGAUCCAGCCUAAAUGUAGCGCUAAUAAACAGAAGUACCAUAGCCUGCUGUAUACUAUUGUUAUAAUAUUUCCUUUUUAAUCAUGCUUCCUACACACACACCUGUACACAUACACGUGUACGCCCAUGCCCUUAAUAUAUAUGGCACACAGAUUUUAAUGCGUUGUAUGGUCAGUAUACCUGAAAAGCAAUUUUUAAACCAAAAUUCCAGCUCCUUGCCUUGUGUAAAACUUUAGGCACAGGUCUAUCCAAGGAGCUCUUCUUGGAUGGGAUGCUGGAAAUCAGGCACAUUGCUGCAGGCGCACAUAUGAUCUCCAGCUUAAGUGCAUUCCCCACUACAGGUAAUACCAAGUGAUGGCAGAUUCCAAUGUGACAGAAGGUCUUGCACUUCUGGUUACAGGAAAGGUGCCAUCUUAAUGAACAGCCAUUGGGGAAGGGUGAAAAAUGGGAUAUUAGAGCAACCCAGAAUGAAGUAGUAAGUCAAAAGCAAUCAAUAACCAUCUGUGCAGGAUGCUUAUUGCCACCUAUUCGUUUUAUCCAGCCUCCCCUUACAGACAGAAAUGUAGCUUCUUUUAUAUCACAACUGAACUAGAAACCAUAACAGAAAAAAAAAUCCUCAAACUGUUAAGUGGAAGAGCAGAUAUGCUUUCCUCCAAGACUGCGAUAUGUUCUAUUAGUGCAUUUUAAGACAUGGAAAUAACUGUGGUGUACUAAAUUUCAAUUUGUUAGAAGUUUAGCAGAGAUCAACUGUGUUUUCUUUGUCUGUUGUUUUUAAAUACCAUCUGACCCUGUGCAGGAUUUUUUAAUUCAGUGGGUCUGUUUUCAGCCUACCUCAGCUAGAAUGCUACAGGACCCUGAAUUUCCUCUUGAGUGUGCUCACUGUAAAGUUGUCUUCUACUAAAAUAGAAGUUGUAACAGUAGUCUUGGCUUUGAGUACAGCUUUACAGAGCAGCACAUGGGAAUGGUGUGUUUUAAGUUGCAUAUGGAUUUUUAUACUACGUAACAUCCUAUGACAAUUUUGAUACAAGAAAGCACUCCACUUUUACUUUUCUUAUUCAAAACAAGAGCACUGCUUGUAUAGGACAUAAGGACUGAACUUUUAUCUUUAUGCCGAAUACCUGUGAAGUAAAAUUCACAUGAAUUUAAAUCCUUCCAAUCCACAACCACUGCAAGCUGUUUAAAGUGAAUUCUGAAAGGGUUUUGGAAUUGCUUUUGAUAUCUAUGUUGUUUUUGUUUUUCAUAAGUGCUUCUGUGUCGUUCCUUGUGUGUCACUCCUCAGGGUGCAGUUGAAGUUGAUUUUUCUUUUUAUUAAAUGAAAAAUACAGGCUGAUACAGGUUUUGAAGAGUUAAUGAUAUGUGGUAGGGGCACACUCCAAAUUUGUGCAGAAACACAUGGACCUCUCCAUUGCUGUUCUCUACACAUUCCAGCACUGGUAGAAGUAUGAUGCAGACUAGUUUAAACUGCAGUCCCCUUCCAACCUAGAAAAACUGCAGAAUGGAGCAAUUAGAAAUAUAUAUCCUGUAUUAACAUUGUCAAUUUUAAUUGGACUAAGUCUACAGAGGGUGAGUCUAUUUUUGGUUGCAUAUGUGUUUUAAAGACUUAUAUUUGAAACUAGACCAAGCUGCCCUUAUGAAGAAAAUUUUAAUGACUUAAGCUGCGUGCAUUCUGGUAGCUUGUCUAACAGUGGUAAUGAAAAAUAAUUAGAACUAGACUGUGAGAUUAGUUCUGCAUUUGAAUACACAUGCGGAGCUCCCAUGGAUUUCAGUGGGAACCUCACGUGUAUAUGUGAGGGCAAAAUUUGUCCCUUUAAGACCAACACUGCAUAAGGAAUGAAAGCAAUUCACUCCUCUGUUCAGGCUGGAAGUAAUUCACUCCACUGCAGAUCACUAACACAAGGCCCUUCCAUCCACAAAGCCCUGCAGGCUCUGUGGUCCUCUUCUCAAUAUCUGUGCACAGAGGGGAGCCUGGGUCUGUAGAAAGAGGGAGGAAGAGCAGUCUCACAUCAGGCGCAUACUCCAUUCCCUUCCACUUCCCCCAAGCACCUCCUUGGGGCUGCAGCUCUGCAGGCCUUCAGGGGUUCAGGGACCUACCUAGGCUCCUCCAGCUUCUCCUCACACGAGCUGUGGGGAAUACAAUUUAACUCAUGUUGCCACUACCCCCAAUGCCUUCUUUAGCAGGAAGCCCAUGGGAGUAUGGUUCUCGUACAAGUUGGGCUGUUGAUGGGCCAGGAAGGAUCAAGAUGGUAGACCAGGGAAUCCAUUUGGGAUGCCCCUUGCUUCCUUGAGAUCUGUGUAGAUCUCUGGGGAUUAUGGGAGAUCGAGCUUCCAGCAUCUUGUGUGUGUGAAACUCUGCCUCCUGGCCAGCUGGACAAGCAUAGAAGUUCUCUCAUGAAACUCCUCCUCUGGGACAGUAUAUCCCAGGUGAGGGACAGCAAGGCCUUAGGCCGUGGAAUAAAUUUUACCUAUUACAGUUUGCCUGCUUGGGUGCAGACUCCACAAGACAGAGGUAAAUUGAUUUACAGAGUUUAAAAAAAAUAAAAAAAAAAAUCUUGACCCCUGAGAGCUUAAAUUCUGUUUAAAUUAAAAAAUUCAGGUAUUGACUCCUGAAUCCACACACUUGGAUUGUCUCUACUACUGUGAAAGGAAAAGACUACGGUUUGGAGAGUGACAAGGGUCCCUUAAUUUCCAUCACACCGCUGUGUGAUCCAGAAUAUUACCCCUUGUAAGCCUUCCUCUUAGUUCUUUCCUCUACAGAUUUCCCCAGUAUAUUCAGUAAAACAGAUUAGAAAACUUGUGCGGCUAUAAAAAGUGGCAGGAGAAGAGUUUCACCUCAGGACCAUGCUCUUCUCCCCUCCACUAACCCAAGAACCUCUGUGGGUUCCAGCUCUACAGGGCCACACACCAUUGUCAGAGCCACACACUGUUGUAGACCUAUGCAGCCACUACUGGCUGCUUUUAAUUAGAUCAGUUCAAAAGAAGCUCACACAAAAGUGUUGCUACAACCUGGUCAGUUUGCCCCUGGGCCUGUCAGACAAUCCCUUGUUAUUUCCCAUUUUAAAAGGUACAUAACAAGCACAUAAUAUAUAUCUUUAAAAUAUAAAUGUUAGUGAAGAAAGCUGUGAUUUAUCCAGAAUUUGUAGUGCAAUUUGGCUUCUUAAAUUUAGAAAAGACAGGUGAAACCAGUGUCGUCUCCCAUAGCCUAUAUAAUUAAAGAGCGCUGUAGAGGACAAAUGUACUUAUAUUGGACUGAAGGAAAAAAAAUCAUGAGAUUACGUAUAUCAGAGUUUAAGAGGAAAAGUAUUAAUGUAAUUUAUUAUAUACAUAAUAUUCCAUCAUAUUGUAAAUAAGAACACUGUAAUGUAUUGCUGUAGUUGGUUUUGGCUGGUAAUCUGUUGUACUGUAGGUGUUAUGGGGUUCUGUUUGUUUGUUUUAAAGUGUAAUUUAAAAAGAUGGCAAAGAGCACUGGAUACCCUAGUUUCUUAGAUGUUUUAGAGCAAGAAGAAAUGUGAUAUACAGUUUUUUUGCCUUCUUACUUUAAUAUGGAUAAUAUUGAAUAAACAAGGUAAAGAGAUAAAAUCAAGACUAAUCCACCACCAACAAAUGCAAAGCACUGUGUCUGAGAUUAUGAUCUAGGGAUGUUUACCAGACUACAGCUCUGCUUUGCCGACCGGGUCCCAUGAGAAGGUAAGAUGCUGAAAAGUACUGGAAUCCUGCAUUCCAAAACAGAUAGUUAACAAAGCGAAACUGUUAGGCCUAAUCUCAGGUUUUGCCACCUUUGCAGGGUCUUUUUUAAUAGCAAAGCAAAGCAUUAAGCUUGCUAUAGAAUAAUAAUAAAACAUCUUGGCCAGCUCAUCGAUGGAAGAGAGAUUACAAGCUCAUUGAGUCCUUCAACAGGUUAAAGUAAUAUAUCAAACAUUACAAAAUGGUAUGUUCACAUGUCAAAGACCUCACUGGUCCCUGAAAAUAAGAUUCUGUCUUUUUGUUUUGUUUUAAAGGAAAUGAGCUGUUUCUAAUUUUUAUUGACAGCAUUUGUUUGGGAUUCCUCUGAUCAGUAAUGCUAGUUGUCCACAUGAAACAGAAUGGGAAUUUCAAGCACAAAUCCAUUUAAAAUGCAUACAGGCUUCUUAGGUGCAGAAGCCCAUGCAAACCACAGAGAAUAGAUGUUCUGGGACUUCUGCAUCCUUGCACGAUAAAGAAAAUGCACAUGUUUUUUACUGAAAUGGGUGUUCAGUAGAAUUUCUAGGUCAAAUGAGCUCAUGCUACUGCAAACAAAUCCAAGUAGAACAAGAUGCAAAACUAAAUUUCAUGCCACUUGGAGAAUUUCCAAGUUUAUAUAGUGGAUUGGUAUGUGAACAUUUAGGGGUCCAGACUUCAUUCUCUCAAUACAGCAAUCAUGAUGUUCACCACCAUUGCAAAAAUGCUGUCAAUAAAAAUAUCAAGCUUUCUAACUAAUGAAUGGAGCAAAGCGAGGAGACACAAUGUGAUGAAAUGUUAGAAUUAAUGCAUGAGUCAGAAUUGCUGUUUUUUCUCCAAUUGUGAUAUGAAGCAUGAAAGACAUUAAUUUAAAUGUUGGCAAAAAAAAAAGUACAAAGGAAUAAAACAACAGUGUUCACAUCUGGUUAAAUAAAAGACAAAACUUGUUUCCUGAUUUCUUCCUAACCAUGACAUUUUUCUUUUAUAAUUUCCCAUAGUUUCCAUCAAUUGGAGCUGGUGGAAUAUAUAUCACUUCUGUAUAUGUACGUCACCAGAUCAAGAGGAGAAAAAUAAACUUUUUAUAAUUUUGUACCUGUAGCAAAAGUUUGUAUUUUUUGAAUUGGAAACAAAACUUUUUUUGUCUUUUGGUCCAAGUCUGACUGUGUAUUAAUAUCUUUUUUGGAAAACCUGACCUAUGAGUUUAUGCUGUUUUACAGAUUUUAAAUAAAUUCUUAAUACACUGCCAACAAAUUCAUUGAUGGUGCCUGGUUUACUAUUACUGAUAAAUUGCUGUUAUAAAUUCAAGUUGCACUCAUACAAUGCAACCAACAAUUUGGUAAAGUUAGCAGAAUAACCUGCUGAUUUAAUGGCAGGGGAAAGCUGAGGAAAUUCACCUUCACACAAUUAUUCAUUUUCUGGUUUAGAACACUUAUUUAACUUCCAAGGCAGGGAAUGAAUCCUCCAAUCAGCUGUAUAUUUUGUAUGGGUUGCACUGAGCAUUUGUGAAGUGUAUUCUGACAUGUUAUUCAGCUCAA